ACGGAGACGCUGAAGGCUGGUUGGGGUGGUGAGGCCCGAGGCAGCUUCUAGAAUUUUGGAGCAGCCCUGGACAGUAGAGGAUGGACCCUGUGGUCUUGAGUUACAUGGACAGUUUACUACGGCAAUCAGAUGUCUCCCUGUUGGAUCCUCCAGGCUGGCUCAAUGACCAUAUUAUUGGGUUUGCCUUUGAGUACUUUGCCAACAGUCAGUUUCAUGACAGCUGUCACCAAGUCUGCUUCAUCAGCCCCGAAGUCACCCAGUUCAUCAAGUGUACUAGCAACCCAGCGGAGAUCGCCAUGUUCCUUGAACCCCUGGACCUCCCCCACAAGAAAGUUGUGUUUUUAGCCAUCAAUGAUAACUCCAACCGGGCAGCUGGAGGAACCCACUGGAGUUUGUUAGUUUAUCUCCAAGAUAAAAAUAGCUUUUCUCAUUAUGAUUCCCAUAGCGGGAGCAACUCGGUCCACGCAAAGCAGGUAGCAGAGAAACUGGAGGCUUUCUUAGUCAGCAAAGGAGACAGACUGGCCUUUGUGGAAGAGAAAGCCCCUGCUCAACAAAACAGCUAUGACUGUGGGAUGUAUGUGAUAUGUAACACUGAGGCCUUGUGUCAGAACUUCUUUAGGCAACAGCCAGAAGUACUACUGCAGUUACUCACACCUACAUACAUCACAAAGAAGAGGGGAGAAUGGAAAGAUCUCAUUGCCAGACUUGCUAAAAAUUAACUGUUGAGGUAUGUCUGUGGCUUUUGAAGUUCUCUCUUUCCGCCAGUCCCCAUUUGUUGGAUGACUGCAAUCUCAGUGCCUAAGGGAAGAUGCCUGGUAGAGGAAAACUUUAGUAUUCUUACUUUUUCCUGAAGGAAUGUCAUCUUCUGCAUUAUCCUAAUGGACAGUUUCAUUUUAAUCCUCACUUGAGAGCAUUAUGUUCUGUGAAAAUGUCUUGAAGUUAUGCACCAAAACCUUAAAACCAACAUAUCUUAACAUUUAUUACAUAUGCUUUUCAGCUAAGACUUUUCUUUUCCUGUUGGUAUAAAAUUAAUUCCCUUUUGGUCUCCUAUUCACGUUGGUCUGUUCCAAAGAAAAGCACAUCAAAAAUAUGUGAAAUCCAGAGGAAUGGACCUUAGUGAAAAGAGAAUGACAACUGAAAUGCAAGAAGAAAACUAUAGAAGAACCAAAAACCUGUUGUACAUCCCACAUAUCUAAAGAGAUAAGUGGCUGGAAGCAGAUGAAGACCUAACUUCAUUCAGGACCUAAGUAUUAUUCAGUUCUGUGAUCUCUCUCUCACUUACCUUCUAUCUACUUAACUGGCUGUCUGCUUAACCUUUGCAAAUACUUGAUAAACAAGAUGUUAGCUCUUCUUCCCCAUCUAAUUCCUAGAAU